AUGUCUCCUGUGUGCAUAGGUGACGGUGACCUCGCUGCCGUCAAGACCUUCAUCAACGAGAAGGGUGUCUCCAUCAAUGCGCAGGACGAGUUUGGAUACUCGGCCUUGCAUGCCGCAGCAUCCUACGGACACAAGGAGCUGAUCACAUACUUGCUCGAGAACGGCGCAGACGUUAACAUCCAGGACCCCGAAGGUGACUCGCCUCUCUUUGUCUGCGAAACUGUUGAUAUCGCCGAGAUGCUUGUCAAGGCCGGUGCCGAUGCCAAGCAUGUCAACGAGAACGAGAUGACCGCUGCUGAGAAUGCCGAAGAGGAAGAAUGGCUCGAGGUUGCCCACUACCUCCGUGAACUCACUGGAGUCCCCCACCCUGACGAAGUUGAUGAGCUCGAGGACGACAUGUCGCAUUUGAUGGAGGAGAAGGACUCUGACGACUCUUCAGACGACGAGGACAAGAAGGCGAACGGGGAAUCUUCCACAGCAUUCAAGGAGAGGAUAGAAGCCAUCAUGAAGGCCUCGGAGGCUGAUGGCGUCGACCGUGACGACGAGCUCAAGGCUGUUGUCGCCGAGAUGUUGGCUACUGCUGGUCCCGAUGCUGCUGCUGCUUUGACAGAGCAGCUCCAGGCCUUGGAGAAGAAAUAA